GUGUGAGCGAGAGGAGGUAGGGAAGAAGAGAAUGCUGCUGCGCUUCCGCCUUCGCUCCUCGGCGCUUGGACGAUCUCUCCGGCCCGGGGGUAGCAUCGCUGGGUGCGUCUCGCCAGUCGAAGAGCCUCCGCUUCUUCGCUGGAUCGCUGGCGGUGGGAUCAGGCUCAAAGGCACUGCGGCCGGGGCGAAGAAUGCGGGUAAGAAACCCAUCGCUGCCGCUAGCGCGAAGGAGAAGCUCACGGCGACGAAAGUCCAGGCCCUGGAGUGGGAUGGAGAGAGCGUUCUUUGCGACUGUGGAAAGCCCGCGGUUCUCAAGAUGAGCAAAGUGAAGAAUCCCGGCCUCCGCUACCUUUGCUGCGCCGAGUCCGUCCCUUGGUUCCUCUUCAUCAAGCUGGACGCCGCCCAGAAGAGCAAGCAGCGAUGCAAGUUCUUCAGUUGGAUCGACCAGCCUGCCGAGGAAGAGAAGAAAGCUCCUAGCGGCAAGAAGAGCAAAGCAGCAACAUCGGGCGCUAGUUCUGGUGGUAAAGCACAGGCGAAGGAGAAACCGGAAGGAGCUAGCAAUGCCGGCAAGGCCAAGACAUCAAGGGCCGUGAAGAAGCCAGGUCCGGACGAGCCCGUGGCCGCUGCCAAGAAAGCAACCGUGAAGAAGGCAUUGCCUGUCAAGGAUCAAGUUUCAUCGAAGACAGUGGCGACGAAGCCACCCGCUGGAGCAAACAAGAAGAAGGCAGCAGCAACCAAACAGGAGGACAAAGCUGCUGUGGCGAAUGCUCCGGCUGCCGAGAAGACUGUGAAGGAAGCCGCAAAGAGGAAGACGAAGACGGUGGCACCAUCGCCGCCAGAGAAGAACGAGGCUGCCGGGGGGGCGGAGAACGUUGGAGCAGCGGUGAAGAAGACGAGAUCAAAGAAGAACGCGGGGGUGAGCGAUGCAAUCCAAGGAGCACAGAAGAAUGACAGUGCCACGGAUGGAGCAGCGACGAAGAACACCAGAUCAAAGAAGAACGCAGGACUGAGCGAUGCAAUUCAAGGAGAAAAGAAGAGUGGCAGCGCUCCGGAUGGAAGUGGAGCGAUCCCCAAGGUUUAGGAACCACCAGUGACGCUGAUCUGAUAGUCAUGUAGAAAAAUGCGAGCGAUUAUUUUGAUGAUCUCAAGACCUUUGUUUUUGUCACCUUUCUUCCUUCUUUGCCAAAUAUAAUAUUUUGACCCACCUUUUUAACUUCA